AUGGGGGCAACCUCCGCAAGCUUGGUAAAAACCAAUCCCGCCGACAGAGAUAUCGCCCAUCGCCUCAGACUGCUCUAUCACUGGCGUGAAUUUCUGGGCGAAUUCACCGACGGUGUCACCGAACAGGUCCGCCUGGGAUAUGGGCUGAAUGCACAGAGCGUUGGAACAGGAUCAAAUGACAGUCUUGUGGUAACUGAAAUAUCAACAUCCUUUGUGCAUCUGAAAUUGGAUGAACUAUUUGGAGUGGGGUUUGUCUUUGACAUUCAAUGGACUGGUGAUCAAACAUCUGGAAAUAAGACAUUCACAAACAGACUGUUAAACAUCACUGAUCUGACUGCUGGAGUCAAUUACAUAUUUUGUGUCACAGAUGAAGCACAGAACUCAACAGUCUGCAUCUCAGCAUGCACCAAGCCAGAUGUGAUCAGAAAUCUCACUGUGGUCAAUAUCACAACAUCAUCUGCAUUUCUGAAAUGGGAUGAACCUGUGGGAAAUAGAUCUUUCUUUAAAAUUCAAUGGAGCGAUGGUGAUAUAUUCUACUAUGCAUCAACUAAUGACACAUGGUUUAACAUCACUGAUCUGACCGCUGGUGUCAGUUACACUUUUAACAUCACUGCUGUUGCAACUGAUAAAUCAACAGAAGGAGAACCUGUGGUUACCACAAAACACACAAAGCCUGAUGUUAUAAUGAACCUCGAAGCUGAUAAUAUUACCACAUCAUUUGUUUUACUAAGAUGGACUAAACCAAAUGGCCAAAGCUCCUGUUAUAAUAUAGAAUAUGGAAAUAACUACGUGACUACAGAGAACACUUCCAUGGAAAUACAUUUUCUGGUUCCUGGAGCACAAUACACAUUCAAAGUGUUUGCAGUCGCAGCUGAUCAAGUGACCAGGGGAGAGUCUACUCAGAUUUCACUAUUUGCCAAGCCAGAUGUGGUCAGGAAUCUCACUGUGGCAAACAUCACAACAUCAUCUGCUUUUCUGAAAUGGGAUGAACCUCAGGGAAAUAGAGCUUUCUUUCAAAUUCAGUGGAGGGAUAAUAAUAGAUUCAACUAUACAGCAACUAGUAAUGACACAUGGUAUAACAUCACUGAUCUGACCGCUGGUGUCAGUUACACUUUUAUCAUCACUGCUGUUGCAACAGAUAAAUCAACAGAGGGAGAACCUGUGGUUUUCUCAAAAUACACAAAGCCUGAUGUUAUAAUGAACCUCAAAGCUGAUAAUAUUACCACAUCAUCUGUUUUACUAAGCUGGACUAAACCAAAUGGCCAAAGCUCCUGUUAUAAUAUAGAAUAUGGAAAUAACUACGUGACUACAGAGAACACUUCCAUGGAAAUACAUUUUCUGGUUCCUGGAGCACAGUACACAUUCAAAGUGUUUGCAGUUGCAGCUGAUCAAGUGACCGAGGGGGAAUCUAAUCAAAUUUCACUAUUUGCCAAGCCAGAUAGUAUCAGCAGUGUGGUUGUGACCAAUAUCACAACAUCCUCUGUUGUUCUGACAUGGAAUGAACCAAGUGGAAAUAGAUCUUUCUAUAAUAUUAACUGGACGGAUGAUAAAACAAACACAAAUGGAACAGAAAUGACGACUUCUGAUUUUGUACAAAUCACUGAUCUGACUGCUGGAGUCAGUUAUACAUUCUGCAUCAGUGCUGUGGCAGCAGACAAUUCAACUGAAGGCACUGCUUUCUGCAUCUCACAAUUUACAAAACCAGAUGUGGUCAGGAAUUUCACUGUGGCAAACAUCACAACAUCAUCUGCUUUUCUGAAAUGGGAUGAACCUCAAGGAAAUAGAGCUUUCUUUAAAAUUCAGUGGAGGGAUAAUAUAAGAUUCAACUAUACAGCAACUAGUAAUGACACAUGGUUAAACAUCACUGAUCUGACCGCUGGUGUCAGUUACACUUUUAUCAUCACUGCUGUUGCAACAGAUAAAUCAACAGAGGGAGAACCUGUGGUUUUCUCAAAAUACACAAAGCCUGAUGUUAUAAUGAACCUCAAAGCUGAUAAUAUUACCACAUCAUCUGUUUUACUAAGCUGGACUAAACCAAAUGGCCAAAGCUCCUAUUAUAAUAUAGAAUAUGGAAACAACUACGUGACUACAGAGAACACUUCCAUGGAAAUACAUUUUCUGGUUCCUGGAGCACAAUACACAUUCAAAGUGUUUGCAGUUGCAGCUGAUCAAGUGACUGAGGGGGAAUUUAAUCAAAUUUCACUAUUUGCCAAGCCAGUCGGGAUCAGCAGUCUGGUUGUGACCAAUAUCACAACAUCCUCUGUUGUUCUGACAUGGAAUGAACCAAUUGGAAAUAGAUCUUUCUAUAAAAUUGACUGGACUGCUGAUAAAACAAAAACAAAUGGAACAGAAAUGACGACUUCUGAUUUUGUACAAAUCACUGAUCUGACUGCUGGAGUCAGUUAUACAUUCUGCAUCAGUGCUGUAGCAGCAGACAAUUCAACUGGAAGCGCUGCUUUCUGCAUCUCAGAAUUUAUCAAGCCUGAAGUAAUCAGAAAAUUUACAGCAUCUCAAAUCACAACAUCUUCUGUAUUUUUGACAUGGCAACCAACUGGCAAUAUAUCUUUCUUUAAACUUCAGUGGACAGAUGAUAAAACAAACCAAAAUGCAACAGAAACUAAUAACACAUUUUAUAAUAUUACUGGUCUGACUGCUGGAGUCAAUUAUACAUUCUGCAUCACUGCUGUGGCAUCAGAUAAAUCAAUGGAAGUACCUGCUUUCUGCAUCUCACAGCUUACCCAGCCAAAUAUGAUCAGCAAUCUCAAAGUUUCUUCAGUCACAUCAUCAUCUGUGUUUCUGAAAUGGGAUGCACCAAGUGAAAGAAUAGAUUUCUAUACAGUUCAGUGGACCAAUGAGAGGACAUCUAUAACAACUAAUAACACUUUCUAUCUAAUCACUGGUCUCAUGGCUGGAACCAAUUACAGAAUUUGUGUCAGCGCUGUUACUGGAUACACAAGUCAAAGUCAACUUUUCUGCUUGCCAAUAUGCACCAGUAUCCAUAACUCCGUGACAAAUAAACCGGAGGGAUUAUUUGAAACUAAAACAACGUUGAUUGUUGGCAUAGUUCUGCUAUUGAUCGUUUUUGUCAUGAUCUUCGUCAUCACUUACAUGGUCUUUUUCUAUUCAAGAAGAGAGGUCGCAAAACAUUGUCAAGACAUCCCUGUACACACCAUUACUAAUAUUGCUUUGAGGAUAGAAGAUUAUGAAGAGUACUUUAAGCAGAAAUGUGCUGAUUCCAACUAUGGUUUUGCCAUAGAGUACGAGGAGUUGACAUUUGUUGGGACAGCACAGUCAAAGAACGCCGCCCUGGCUAUUGAAAACAAGGAGAAGAAUCGAUACGCAAAUGUUUUACCUUAUGAUGCUUCAAGAGUGAAAUUACUGAAAUGUGAAAACACCUUUGAUGACUACAUUAACGCUAACUAUGUCCCAGGUUACAAUUCAAGAAAAGAGUUCAUUGCAGCUCAGGGUCCAUUACCCGUCACGGUAAAUGAAUUUUGGAGAAUGAUUUGGGAGAACAACGUCUACACCAUCGUUAUGCUGACCAAAUGCAACGAGCUGGGAAGAGUAAAAUGUGAAAAGUACUGGCCAUCUGAGACUGACUUUUAUCAUAACAUCUCUGUGACGAUUACUUCAGAGAAAGAACUGGAUGACUGGACAAUUAGAGACUUCAGUAUCAAAAAUGUGGAAACAGAAGAAACUUGCAAUGUACGCCAGUUCCACUUUACAGCGUGGCCGGAUCAUGGAGUUCCACAGACCACUGAGGUCCUUUUAGACUUUAGAUACCUGGUGAGAGAACACAUGAACCAGUACUCAUGCACCUCUCCAACUCUGGUGCAUUGCAGUGCUGGUGUGGGAAGAACAGGGACUUUCAUUGCCAUUGACCACCUGAUCUCCCAGAUUGAAAGAGACAGUAUGGUGGACAUCUACGGAAUUGUAAAUGAUAUGCGCAUGCACAGGCCCCUCAUGGUGCAGACUGAGGACCAGUAUGUUUACCUCCACCAGUGUGCAUAUGACCUCAUUCAAUCAAGAACAAUGUCCAACAACUUAAUUUACCAGAACACAGCAUCAUUUGAAAUCUACCAGAAUGUAAAUUUUAAGGAAACCAAAGAUUAGAUGUCCUUUACAGAGUGAUCAAAUUUGUGAAAAGGAUGCAAUUUAUAUUCUUGCACAAAAAUCUAAUAAUUUGAUUAAGGUUGUACUGUAAAAAUUAAUACACAAAUAAUACACAGCAAUAGUUUUUAAAUAAAUAGCAAAUAAUGACUUGUAAUUGUGUUUAUAUUUAAUUUAAGAUUUUUUUUUCUGUGACAGUCGAAAAGAAUAUUUGUUUAAUUUAGUGUAAAAUAUAAAAUAAUAUAUAAUACAUAAUUUAACUGUUUAACUAUAAGGACUAAUAUUUUCCCCCACUAGAGGGCACUGUCAACCAAUCACUCCUAUC